UGCUUCUGUAGUUGUAUGAUGGAGGAGAUUAACGGAAACUGUAAGCCCUCCUCCUCCGUCAACGGUGGGGAUGAGCAUGAGGUGACGGUGUUCCAGCGGAAACCAUCCUCGAUGCAGAACACCAUAAUCGCAAAUGCUUUAUGGUUGGGAGCUAUUCAUUUCAACGUGGCACUGGUCUUCAUGGCCCUUCUCUUCCUCCCUAAGUGCCUGGCUUUCACGGUAUUUGCGCUUCUCCUAUUACUUAUAGUAAUCCCAAUUGACGAGAAGAGCAAGCCAGGGCGAAAAUUGGCCAGGUAUAUCUGUAAGCACACCUGUGGAUAUUUUCCGGUGACUCUUUAUGUGGAGGACAGUAAGGCAUUUAACCCGAAUCAAGCUUAUGUCUUUGGUUAUGAGCCACACUCAGUUGUACCAAUUGGCUUUCUUUCUCUUGCCGAUCUUACGGGUUUCAUGCCUCUUACGAAGAUCAAAUUCCUCGCUAGCAGCGCUGUGUUCUAUACACCUUUCCUGAGACAUAUAUGGACAUGGCUGGGGUUUACACCUAUAACAAAGAAGAAUUUUACUUCACUUUUGGAAGCUGGUUAUAGUUGCAUUUUAGUGCCAGGUGGGGUGCAGGAGACAUUUCUAAUGGAACAUGGUUCUGAGAUUGUCUUCCUUAAGAAAAGAAAAGGAUUUGUCCGCAUUGCUAUGGAGACAGGCCGACCACUGGUUCCAGUUUUCUGCUUUGGUCAGUCAAACGUUUAUAAGUGGUGGAAGCCCAGAGGGAAGUUGAUCCUGCAACUUUCUAGAGCCAUCAAAUCCCCCCUAAUUGUCUUCUGGGGAAUUUUUGGAACACCUAUUCCAUAUCAACAUCCCAUGCAUGUUGUGGUGGGUAGACCGAUUGAGCUCAAGAGAAAUUCACAACCUACGGUUGAAGAGGUCAAUGAAAUUCACAGCAAGUUUGUUGAAGCCAUGCGAGAGCUCUUUGAAAAUCACAAAGCUAGGGUUGGUCAAGCUGAUCUCCAGUUGAGAAUUCUCUGAUAGAAG